AUGAUUGCGCAGCAGAAUGACGAGGAGACACCUCUUCUGCAACGACCAGAGCAGCCAAUGGCCAAGACACCUCUUCCAUGGGAUCAAAUUUGGGUUAUACUGCUCUUGGAGAUGUCAGAAAUUCUUUCUUCUCGGACCCUCAACCCGUUUAUUCCUCAACUCAUCAGAGACAUCGGAGUCACUCGCGGAGACGAAUCCCAGGUUGGACACUAUGCCGGCAUCCUUGAAUCAUCGUACUAUGCAGCUCAUACUCUGACUGUUUCCAUUGGAGUCAACUCAAUCUCCAUAUCAAUGUUUUCGUUUGGGCUAUCGAAGACCUUCUUCGGUCUGGUGGUCAGUCGUAUUGUCUGCGGAGCAUUUGAUGCGAGCGAUAGUAUGGCCAAGAGCAACCUGAUGGACAUCACUGACGCAACCGAUAUGCCCAAGGCAUACAGUUAUAUACCAAUUCCGUGGAUGAUCGCAGGCACAGUUGGAGCACUCGUUGGAGGAUCGCUCUCCCAACCAGCAGGCAGAUUCCCUGACAUUUUUGGGCGAUCAGAACUCCUGAAAACCUACCCAUAUCUUCUGCCGUGCUCUAUUUCGGCAUUUCUGAUAUUGACAAUGUGGCUAGUCACGUAUAUCCGUCUUAAAGAGAGCGUUUCUACCAAGACACCGCUUUGGGAGCUCAUUAAACGAGGAUUCUUCGGACAGUCAUACUCAAAACCUCGCCAGCCAUCGAGCAAUGUUAUAGUUGAUCCUGGCGAAGUCAAAUCAAAACCGCUUCCGCUUGUAACAUGGUCAGACCGCCGCCACGCAUAACCGUUACACCAAAAGGUGAAAUACUGAAAGCUUAGCUUUCAGUAUCAGCGACGGUAUAUGUACUGAUUAUGAGAACUCAGGUAAGCCAGCGUGCUUACACCCUCCCACGUUAUCAGAUCUUUUUCCUCCCCUACCAGUCCUGCUCCCAAUCGCUUAGGCACUGUGGUUUGUGUGGGAGUUUCUAUCCGAAACGGGAGGGUACAUAUGUCCACCCCAAGGGCGAACCUUGGAAUUUGACCCGGAGCGGGUUGGAACGCCCGACCUCCUGCAAACCCUAAGCUUUCAGUAUAUGUAACAUGGUCAGACCGCCGCCACGCAUAACCGUUACACCAAAAGGUGAAAUACUGAAAGCUUAGCUUUCAGUAUCAGCGACGGUAUAUGUACUGAUUAUGAGAACUCAGGUAAGCCAGC